CGUAGUGUGGAGACGUUUAUCUAGUGUUCGCAGAUGAGGAGAGUAAGUGCUGCAGAGAAAGCAAAAGCAACUGUAUAAUAAAACGACUUGAUAUUUAUUUUAUUUUUUAAAAAGUACAGUUUCAGUUUGGUAUAGCAUCCGUGUGCAAAUGGGAAGAGAUAACUGUUCAGGAAACAUAGAAAUAAUUAAUAAUUUUGAAGAAGCAAGCAACAUAACAACAACCCUGAAUCAGCGGUGAAAAGUAAAAAUGUCUAAUUCUAAAUUGAAGAGGAGAAGGGUCGACGAUGAAGCAAGAAAGUUCCAAGAACAGUGUACUGAAAAUGAUUUCUUUGUGGAAUAUGAAGAUGUAGCCCCUGCAAUGGUAGGUUCGCACAAUGGACUCGUUGCUCGUAUCAGGAAAAAAGGAGGCGAUUGACAUCUUUGUGAAAGAGAAGGGAAUGCAAGGGGAGGAUCUGUCUGAUCAUCAAAUUCGCUGACAAAAAUGCAACUCUCGGAACACACAAACUAUGGAAGAUAUGAAGAAUACGUGCUGAGUCAUCUGGCUGCGUUCCAAGGCAGGCUUCUGGUCUUCAAAUCCAAAGAAAACAACAUCCAUGUAUUUUACAAUGCCAUUUUCUGUAACUUAAAGACUUGCCUGAAAAGUUUCAGCUUGAAUUAAUUGAACUGCAGUGAUCUAUGGAGCUAAAGGACACAUUUAAUAAAGUUGCCCUGCUGGAGUUUUAUGCUAGUUAAGAUGCCCGCUUUCCUAACCUGAAACAGCAUGCACAGAGAAUAUUCACUGCAUUUGGAAGCACAUACAUUCAUGAACAAACAUUUUCUCUGAUGAAAGUCAACAAAUCCCAGCACAGAAUCUGUCUCUGAUACUCACCAGAGAGAUGUUUUGACUGUUUCAGUGUCUAAUCUGAAGGCUGAUGUCAAACAAAAAAGUCUCACUGAAAAGUUAGAUUCUUGAAGUUCUCACCACCAAGGAAAAGCAGCCUCCAAGGAACACAAGCUUACAAGAUGAAAAAGAUGGCCUGUCCUGGGGUUGUCAGGAGAGACAGUAUUUCAGACGACUCUUUAGAGUCCCCGGAACAGGGACCAUUACAAGGAAUGGAGCCAUACCUGGUGAGGAGGCUGUCUUGUCGGAAUUUGCAGUUGCCACCACUGGCCUUCAGACAAGCAGAGCAGUAUGACUGGGAUAGAAAGCCUGAAUCAGAGUGCAUACAGAGGCCGACCUCCCUUCCCCUCAGAACUCCUCUCAUUGCUAUAACAUCUGCAGACACCAGCAGUUUCGAUGUCGACAAUGGCACAUCUUCGGGGCGGAGUCCUUUGGAUCCCCUGGCAAGUCCUGGAUCAGGGCUCAUCCUCCAGGCCAACUUCGUCCACAGUCGGCGGGAGUCCUUCCUGUACCGUUCAGACAGUGACUACGAUCUCUCACCGAAAUCUAUGUCCAGGAACUCCUCCAUUGCCAGUGACAUGAUUAACUGUCAUCAGAGACCUGGUUUGGUUUCUCGGAGAUCAGAACCAGUUCUUUCUGGAAAUCAUGGAGACGACCUGAUUGUAACACCCUUUGCACAGGUGCUGGCUAGUUUGAGAACUGUACGAAAUAAUUUUGCUACAAUAACCAACUUACCAGACCGAGCCUCAAACAAGCGAUCACCCAUGUGUAACCAGCCGUCCAUCAACAAGGCCUCCUUUACAGAGGAGGCCUACCAGAAACUGGCCACCGAGACCUUGGAGGAGCUGGACUGGUGUUUGGACCAGCUGGACACACUACAAACCAGGCAUUCCGUCAGUGAGAUGGCCUCCAAUAAGUUCAAAAGAAUGCUUAACCGGGAACUUACCCACCUGUCUGAAAUGAGCAGAUCUGGCAACCAGGUCUCAGAGUUCAUAUCAAGCACAUUUUUAGAAAAACAACAUGAGGUAGACAUGCCUUCUCCAGCACAGAAAGAGAAAGACAAGAAAAAGAAGCCGAUGUCUCAGAUCAGCGGGGUGAAGAAACUAAUGCACAGUACCAGUUUAACAAACUCAAAUAUUCCACGGUUUGGGGUCAAAACGGAAAUGGAAGAUUCACUGGCAGCUGAGUUAGAAGACGUCAAUAAAUGGGGCCUUAAUGCAUUCAAAGUUGCAGAAUUUUCGGGAAACAGGCCUUUAACAGUCAUGAUGCACACGAUUUUCCAGGAACGGGAUUUGUUAAAAACCUUCAAAAUUCCUCUAGACACCUUUAUCACCUACUUGAUGACUUUAGAAGAUCAUUACCAUGCAGAUGUCGCAUAUCACAACAACAUUCACGCUGCUGAUGUUGCUCAGUCCACUCACGUGCUGCUGUCUACCCCUGCUCUAGAGGCUGUGUUCACAGAUCUGGAAAUUCUUGCUGCCAUUUUUGCCAGUGCUAUUCAUGACGUAGAUCACCCAGGAGUAUCCAACCAGUUCCUUAUUAGCACCAACUCUGAGCUUGCCUUGAUGUACAAUGACUCAUCGGUGCUGGAGAAUCAUCAUUUGGCUGUGGGCUUCAAGCUGCUGCAGGAUGAGAACUGUGACAUUUUCCAGAAUUUGACCAAAAAACAGAGACAAUCACUGAGGAAAAUGGUCAUUGACAUUGUUCUUGCAACAGAUAUGUCCAAACACAUGAAUUUGUUGGCAGACUUGAAAACUAUGGUGGAAACCAAAAAAGUUACCAGCUCUGGAGUUCUCCUUUUGGACAAUUACUCAGAUAGGAUACAGGUUCUACAAAACAUGGUCCACUGCGCAGAUUUAAGUAAUCCCACCAAGCCUCUCCAGGUGUACCGGGAAUGGACAAACAGAAUAAUGGAGGAGUUCUUUAGUCAAGGAGACCGGGAGAGGGAGAGAGGCAUGGAGAUCAGCCCCAUGUGUGACAAGCACAACGCAUCGGUCGAAAAAUCACAGGUGGGGUUCAUAGACUACAUCGUUCAUCCUCUCUGGGAAACGUGGGCAGACCUGGUCCACCCGGAUGCACAAGACAUCUUAGACACACUAGAGGACAAUCGCGAGUGGUAUCAGAGCACAAUCCCGCAGAGCCCCUCCCCAGCCCCGGGUGAGCAGGAGGACAGCCGGCAGGGGCAGGCUGAUAAAUUCCAAUUUGAACUGACGCUGGAGGAGGACGUCGAGUCGGACACGGAGAAGGACAGCGGCAGCCAAGCUGAAGAGGAAGAGGAGGAGGAGGAGGAGGAGGAAGAGGACAACAGCUAUAGUGACUCUAAAACCCUUUGCACUCAGGACUCUGAGUCCACGGAAAUCCCACUAGAUGAACAGGUGGGUGAGGAAGAGGAAGAGGAGGAGGAGGAGGUCUCUGUGGAACCCUGCAAUGUAGAGGAGGAAGAACAGCCUGCCGACACAUAACAAUGUAGACAGCAUUAAAUAAUAAUGAAAUUAUUAAUAAUAAGAAUAAAUAAUAAUAAUUAAAAUAAUAAUAAUAAAAGUUCCAAAGCGCACAUGUUGCACAUCACGACCUUGUCCACUCCUCACUCCCACCGGGCUGGACAGAGUAGAUCAGAGACUGCUGGUAGUUCUAUAACUUUGCACUCAGGAAUAUUGUGUCAGAAUUUCAAGCUUAUUGGAGCAACACGUCAGUUGAUGACAUUCAACUCUCGGGUUCAGACGUUUUGAGGCUGGAGUGGGUUAUUUUAUUCUAGCAAACAGAAACUAUUCCAGAAUAAUUGUAGUGGAUUGUAACUCGCCUGAAAAAGAAAGAAAAGAAUGAAAGGGUUUGUUUUUGUGUAACUGGAGAAAUGUGUACAACACUAGUCUGGAUGACAUCCUACCAGGACUCUUUCAUGGAAGAAAUAACAAGACAAUGUGAAAAGUGCAGUGUUGGAGGAAAAUAGCAAUUUACCAACAAAAUACCACGAGGAAUAUGUUGUGUGGAUUAAACGAGACAAUUUUCUAAAUUUCAAGUCUUCCUUGAAAACUGACUGAAAAAAAAUGCAGCUUUUGGGCUGUUUUGACCUCUUGAGUUUUUGUAUUGUAUGUAAAAUUGAGAUAUUUUGUAGAUUUUACUUUUUAAUUAUAACAAAUGUAUGGAAAUAUUAUAUUUAAAAUAUUUUAAAAGUUUCAUCUGCUAUUGCAUUUUUUUUUUCUUUUCGCAGCAAGUAACUUGCAAGUUUGCUGUACAAAUCCAAGCACUAUGUGGUGUUUUUUUGGUUAUUUGUUUUGUUUUGGUUUGUUUUUGCUUUGUGUGAAUAUAAAGCAUAAUCCCCAGGCACUUUUUAUUAUUGCUAUAAUUAUGUUUAACAUCCAGCAUACUUUUGGUGCAGACAACUAUAUAUUUUUUAACACAGGUGUCCAUGUGUCUUUAUAUAUAGUGCUAAAAUUUCCACUGAAUUAAUUACAUUGCCUAUGAAAAAAGGCCAGUUAAACAAUAGCGACUGUAUGGAUCCAUUAUAGUUACAUUGUAAUGUAAUUCCAGUAAUCAGCAAAUGUCCCGGAAAAGAUCAUACAACACCUCUGUUCUGCUUUAUUCUGUAUGAAAAUGUAGACUAAAUAAUAUAAAAACUAAUAUGUAAAUCAUCUGUGAAUACUGCUGUGCGAAGGUUUUAACAAUUCAGCAUAGUGUAUUUAUGUCUGUUAAAUAUUGCAGUUGUGACAGGGAGGGGUCUACUUUAAUAGAUUUAAGAGUGGUGAUGCUUAGAUCCAGUGCCAUGCCAUUGUAGUAGGCUUUACAGCUUGGGUUGAAUUGGGAAGAAAACUGUCUGCACUAAAAAAAAGGAAAUGCUGUUUUUAUCCAUGUCCUAAUUAGAAGGAGCAUCAACACAAGACAAUCAGCUGCAUAAUGGUAGAGCCUCAGGAGUCAGAGCUAAAUACAUGCACUGAAGAGUUCACAAUGCUUUUUCUUGCCAAAACUGUGCACUGCAUUUGGAGCUGCAUACUGGUUCUUAUAAUACAGUUAAAAAAGUGACUUGUUUUCUUCAUUUUUUUAAAGCUUUUUUUUUUGCCAUAUUAAAAUAUCUGUAGAACGUAACAGUAGCAUUCACAGCUGUACAUUUUAGCUUGCAAGUUACUAUACCCACAUAUUUUAUUAUUAUUUUUUUUUUUUGGUUAUGGUGAGAGUCUGUAGAUAGAACAAAAGAAAAACUUGAAUGGAUCUGGGUUUAUUGAGCGCUUAAAGAAAAAGAGGUUCUUUUAAAUGCAUUGUUUAAAUAUUUUAUUAUUUUGUGCCAUGCCUUUUUUUUUUUCUCACCAGAUGCCCUUACCUGUAAUACAGUCUCGUUUGUCUCUGUUUACAACCAUGUAUUUAUUGUGCUGUACAUACUAUAAUGUUUAUUGUAAAUUAUCGAUUAUUAUUAUAUCAUCCCUUAUGGGGGUGGUGUUGCUGUAUUUGGAAACUCUUGGUGAGAGAAUGAUUAUUAUAUAUACUUAUUCAAUGUAAAUGUAUCUUCUGUAAUACAAUAUGUCACCUUAGAGCUUGUUUAUGGAGAACUGGGGAAAGCCAAACCAGAUUUUAAAAAGCCGCAGGUCUUUGGUCCCAGGGCUGUGCCUUAACUUUUAAACAAUGUAUUUUUUUAAUUUAUUUUUAUUUUUCUCUUCUGUUGUGCUGUAUUAGGAUGUUAUGUGACUGUGUGGCUAGGGCUGGACAUUUUAACAUAAAACAGAUGCCUUAGGCAAUUAAAGCUUUAUGUUAUGCUAUUAAGACCUAAUCCCAUUUUUUUUAAAACCCAGCUUGUGCAGCUUUAUUUCUGUUGAAAUGUUUAAAAAAUAACACAACACUAUUAUGGUCACUAAGAGUGCACAGUGCUCAUGUUUAACUAUAUCUAAUAUUUUAAUGCAAUACUAUAAGAAUCCAAUUUUUAAACUUACAAAAUGUUCAGUUCUGUACAGUAGUAGUAGUGUAUUUUUUAUUCAAUCUGAUACAACUUUUUACAAGUAAGAAAUUCAGGUACUCAUUCUGUAAUCUACCUUUGCCCAGCCCAGUAAAUGUUUGCUUGUUUAGAGAACAAGUUAUUUAUUUUUCUUUUCUUUUAAACAGAGCCUCCUUUUUGACACACAUACUGUAGAUUCUAGCAGCCCUGGCCCAAAGGAAUUGGUCGCUUUUGUUUUUAAACUGUAUAAAAGGGAUACAUUAACUGUAACUACAAAGACUCCUGAACAACUAUUAUUUUUUCUAUUGGUUAUGUCUUUAGAAUGCCAACUUGUCUGGAGGUUUCACAAGACAAUUAUUUUACUGGAUUCAUUAUCUCUUACAGUCUAUGGGAUAGUACUGUAGGUCAUGCUCAGAACCUUCAUUGAAAACAUUUUUUUAUAUGCAACAGAUGAAAUAAAAGCAUGGGUUGAUUCUGCCUAAAUCCUG